AUGGUGCUUUUUGAUAGGAUUCUUGUUGUUUUGGUGGCUUCUUUUGCCUCUUCUUUCGCCUUCUCCGGUAACAUGACAUACUUCCACCAGGGAUUAGGCGCUUGCGGAAAGACUCAUUAUGACACAAAUGCUGUCGUCGCGCUCUCUGCUUACGACUACGGUACCGAAGAUAACCCAAAUCAUGCUGCUGUCUGUGGUCGUUGGAUCAAGAUCACCGCCAAGGGUAGGACAACUCGGGCCCAGGUGUGGGAUAAGUGCCCUGGAAUCGAAUGUCCCAGUGGCUCUAUUGAUGUCUCUCCCAGCGUCUUUCAGGAUAUUGCGGAUCUCUCUGUUGGUCGUCUUGAGGUUAACUGGGAUUUUGAGGACAAUCCAGUGGUAGGGGGUGUUAGUAGCGUCACUCAUCCCACUUCCACUAUCAUUGGAGCUCACAUAGUCACACAUUAUGCUACUACCACUGUGACUAUAACCGCCCAACCCGGUAAAAGGUCCCUCUAG